CCCUCCAUGCGCCAAUGCCCUAUGUGGUCAGAAUUGAAAUAAGAGUCCUGUCUUUUUAACUUUCUUCUUCCUGGUAGGCUGCCACAGAACAACCAUGGCUCCUUCCAUCAUUCCCCUGAGCAUUCCAGGCUCUCCUCUUAAAUCCCAUUUUCUAGGAGGAAACCGCUUCUCCCAUCAUCUUCACAAACCCCAUUUAACAAUUCAUAAACAGCCAUCAACCCAACACCUAACAACAUGCGCCAAAUUUGAUCUAUUCCAAAUCAUGGGAGGCAGAGGAAUCUGCAAUGGAGAAAAAGGUCUUCAACAGGAGCUAAAGAGAAACAUUGAAGAACAAGCAUCCGCAGCCGCUGCUGCUGCAAAGCAUGAAAAAUCAGGUAAUAUUGAUGCGAUAUCAACAAAGGAUCAUAGUUUUCCAGAAAACGCUUUUGAAAAGGAGCUGAUGGGGCUAACUGGGGGAUUUCCUGGUGGUGAAAAAGGUCUGAAAACAUUCAUAGAAAGAAACCCACUCUCGAUGCCUGGUAUGAUUUCCACUGAAGAACCCUAAGUCUGAUAUCGAUCCUCGAACCCCUCUUUGAGAAAAAGGAUUCACAAUGAUUCAUCAUUUUCAUAUCUGUUGCAUGCAUGCCAAUUGUGCAGUUUUUACAACUUAGGCAGCGUAAGUUCGUCUGUAAAAAUUUUCUUUCAACAAUAUUGAAAUAAAACCAAUUACGUAGAGAGAGUAUCUCAA